UUGAUGUCUUGCAUUUGAAUAUAUAUUAUAGGUCCAGUUGCCGAGGACAUGUUUCACUGGCAAGCAACAAUUAUGGGUCCCUCCGACAGUCCUUAUGCAGGUGGAGUGUUUCUAGUUACCAUACAUUUCCCUCCAGAUUAUCCGUUUAAGCCACCUAAGGUUGCAUUCAGAACAAAGGUCUUUCACCCUAAUAUCAACAGUAACGGCAGUAUUUGCCUUGAUAUAUUGAAGGAACAGUGGAGCCCUGCCCUUACUAUUUCCAAGGUAUUGCUCUCCAUCUGUUCUCUAUUAACGGACCCGAAUCCUGAUGACCCUCUGGUGCCCGAGAUUGCUCACAUGUACAAGACAGACAGGAGCAAGUAUGAGACAACUGCCAGGAGCUGGACCCAGAAGUAUGCAAUGGGUUAGCGCGUGCUGCCAUUUGUGAUAGGAGGGCUCCUUUACCUUGUGCUUUGGUCUUCUAUCUGUAAUUUAUGAAUGUAGAAGUAAGAUCUGUCUGCUGUAAGAUGGACCGAGAGAGGGAAAGGUUUAAAUCCUGUCCUUCUUAAAAAAAACACAGGUGCUGCUUUUGAAUUGUUUGUAUGGUAAAUUGUAUGUGUAACUAAGAAGUAUGCUUCUUAAUGUUUGAAGGUCUUCACUCUUCAUCA